AUGCGUACUUUCAUUCUUCAAGAUUUGCUUCCUAAAGAUUCUUCCUUUUCUUCCUUUUCUACCUUUCUACCAGUUGGUUUUUCAUUCAUUCAUUCAUUCAUUCAUUCUUUCUUUCUUUCUUUUCCUAAUUCCUAUUUUUCACCGCAUUUAUCUUUUCUUUUCCUACUUAACUCCAUCGUUCCAACAUUUUUGUCAGCCAUCCAUUUUUUUGUUCGUUUCCUUGUCAAUUUGUUUUUUACAAUUUCCUUGUCUUUCAAUUUCCUAUUUCCUUCUUUGUCGCUUUCAUCUUUCUACUUUUUGGUCUCCUUCUUUCUUAUCUCACUUUUGUAUUUUCCCUUUUUCUCUCUCUCUCUUUUUGCCACCAUCUUUCUAUCUCUCUUUUCACUAUCCCCUUUUCUCUCUCUCUUUUUUGCGUCCAUCUUUCUCUCUUUUCACUUUCCUUUUUCUCUCUCUCUUUUUUGCCUCCUUCUUUCUCUCUCUUUUCACUUUCCCUUUUCUCUCUCUCUUUUUUGCCUCCUUCUUUCUCUCUCUCUUUUCACUUUCCCUUUUCUCUCUCUCUUUUUUGCCUCCAUCUUUUUCUCUCUCUUUUCACUUUCCAUUUUUCUCUCUCUCUUUUUUGCCUCCAUCUUUCUCUCUCUCUUUUCACUUUCCCUUUUUCUCUCUCUCUUCUUUUUGCCUCCAUCUUUCUAUCUCUCUUUUUCACUUUCUCUUUUUUCUCUCUCUUUUUUGGCCUCCCUCUUUCUAUCUCUCUCUCUCUCUUUUCCCCUUUCCUAUUCCUCUCUCCUUUUUACCUAA